GCCGGUGACCACUCGUCGUGCGCACGGGGUAAACUUCUCUUCCAUUUUUCUCCGUUGCCGCCACACUACCGGGCCUCACCUCGCCGGCGAAGUCUCUGAAUCACAGAAUGCUGUAGCCAUAUGCAUGGAAAAACUGCCAUACCCAAUGGACCUUUCACAGGAAUUCCAUGAAGAAGAAGACACUAACAAACUUAAAAAGAGCAAAACAACGAAGACGAAUCGGAGUAAGAUCGAUGACGGCGUCGUCGUUGAAUCAUCGAAGAAGAGGAACAUUAAAGGAAUCAUGUUAUCUGUAACGAAACCUUCGUAUACUUUAAAGAGAGGUAUUGGGAGAGAUUUACGGAGUUUGCGGUGGGAACAUCGGAAUAGACUGCGGUACCUUCUUCGGCAACUGGUUCGGCGUCAAAAUUGGGAUGAAGCUUCCGGCGUGUUGAGCUUGUUGUUGAAGGGGACGCACAGGGAGAACAGUUUAUCGACGAAUCGGACUAAAUAUUGGGCUACGUUGGAACUUCUAGAACAUAUGGGAGUUGCAAAAGUGAAACGAAGAAAAAUCCAGCAUGUGUACGAAAUAUGGAUGAAAAAGAAUUUUGCGGUUACAAAAAAUAGGCGGUCAUCAAAGGGUAGGUUUGAUGUACAGUUAGAAUUCCUCCUCUUGUGUCUUUCAGAAGGCGAUACUGAUGGGGCAUAUCAGGCUGUUAUAAGCCUUCUGCAAGAGAGUGAGUUUACAAGUGACUCAAUAGCAAAUGUGGUUGCUGGGUUGGCCUUUUCUCAUCUAUGGUACAAUGCCAUAGAGAAAGAGAUGCACUUACAUGAUUCAGCUGAGUCUGGUACUCCCAUCCAAUCAACGACGAUGUUGGGACCUCGACAGAGCAUGUUAAUCGAUCAAUCUAAUGGACAAAGUGCCAUUGAAGUUCAAGAUUCUGGUUUUUCCAUCCGAAGGGAUUCAAACACCUCCAUCAGAAUUGGCAAAACAAUUGAUCCUGAAGUUGUGGACCGAGAAAGAAAAGUUCCGAUGGAGGUUGAUGAUGAUGUCAAGAAAGAAAUACCCCAGUAUGAGGAACUCCAUAUGAACUCUGUUGAGAGCGAUCCAAGUGGCAAUGCUUCCCAGUUCCCCCAUACUGGCAACAAGCGCUAUGGUUCUAUAUACUAUGCUCGUGAUCUAGAAUAUUUGUUGAUGCCUUUAAGAUUUCCCAGCACAAAUAACUUGGAGGAUUUCGUCUCUUUUCAAAGGAGAAUACACAAUGAUCACUAUAAGGCUGCAGUGAAACAUUUACGGGGUGCUGUUCAUUCUUCUCCACCUGCUAUUGAGGCUUUACUUCCUUUAAUACAGAUGCUGCUGCUCGGUGAUCAAGUCAAGGAGGCUAUAGAAGAGGUGGAAAGUGUUGUUCAAAUUUCUGAUGCGGCACUUCCUUUUAGGUUAAAAGCUAGUCUUCUUGACCACUUUUCCCAUGAGGAUGAGAUCAAACUGUGCAACUGCUUUGAGGACACGUUAAGAAAGGAUCCAACUUGUAGCCAUUCAGUCGCAAAGCUAAUCAGCUUGCAUCAUGAUGGAUAUUACAGUACGGAAAAAUUGGUAGAAAUGAUUGGUUUGCAUUUAGAUGGUACAUACGCAGAGUGUCAUAUAUGGAAAGAGUUUGCUUAUUGCUUCAUAAGGCUUUCCCAGUGUGAUGAAGACAGAAUGUCGAGUUGUGUGGACAGCUAUGGUAAUGGUUACAGAAAGCAUACAAAAAUUGCUCUUGAUAUGUUUAAAGAUGCCGUAUCAAGAAAGAACUGGAGAUUACGUUGCCGAUGGUGGCGGACACGCCAUUUCACCCAAACAAUUCUUGCAUCAGAAGUUGCUGCAGGGAAAAUGGAGCUUGUAAGUUACAAAGCGGCGUCUGCAUGCCAUCUUUAUGGUCCGGAAUUCGCGUAUGUCGUAAAGGCUUGUACACACUUAGAAAAAGAGAAGAAGAGAGAAGAGAUGUCAACCUUGAAGAUGCAUAUGGAUAAUGCUAUUGGAUUUUACACCACAUACUCUUAGGAGGUUUCUACUAAGCAUGUAUUAUUCUGGCUGCUGAUAGUUGGCCUUUUUCAUAUGCAUUUAUCUCAAAAUUUUGGUCAAAUACUGCACUUUAGUUAAGAGUAAAUAACCCAUUUCAUCUUCUAUAUGGUCCUUGGGAGUGUAUAUAUAUAUUUGGGCC